ACUAUCCGCACAUUGUACAAGUCGCCAAGGCGCGGGCAACAAGCGGCAUGGUGCAAAUUACCCCUAGUGCAAGCCCACCAAACCAGAUCGAUUCUAGUCCUUUAAUCCUUGGCCAGAAACAUUUUUAGCCAAGCACAAUAUCGUUUGGUCAUUCUGGCAGCUGAAUUUAGCAAGGUAACCUUUUCGCGCUCUUUCCGGCAUGCCGCGCCUUGUGUACACUGUGAACAAGGGCAGCGAGUCGCUUACGCACCGGGAGCCCCAGCAGCGUGCAGCCAGUGACGUGUCACCAGAGCUUAGGGCCUCCGACACGCCACCUGAGUCCUCAGACUCCUCACUGGCGAGCCUCCCUGGAGAGCUCCUAGAACGCAUUGCAGAGGCGCUGCCACCCAACGAAGUGGCGUGCAUCCUGCGCCCGCUCUGCCGCAGCUUUGCAGCGCACUUCAGCAGCCACGCCGCCGUGCGCCUGUCGCAGCCGGUGCCGCACAAUGCCUUCGUGCUGCGCUUCGGCAGCUGGUCCGGCCUGCGCUCGCUGCCGCUGGCUCAGCGGCGGCAGCUGCUGUGCCUGACGGCCGCCAGCGGCUGUGUGGACAACCUGCACGUGCUCGCCGGCGGCCCGGGCGUGGCGCAGGCGGUGGGCACCGCGGGCUGCGCGCUCACCGCGGACGUCUUUGCCGCGGCCGCGAAGUGCUCAUGGCGGCCGGCGCGGGCCAUGCCGCCGUGGUGGAGCUGCUGGUCCUGGCGGGCUGCCCCCUGGGACUUUGUGGAUGUGCUGACGGCGGGCGCCUUGAGCGGCAGCGUGGCCACCGUGGCGGCGGUGAUGCAGCUGUUCAGCACUGUGGGCGAACGGAGCAGCGGCGGGUACCUGGAGUUUGAGAGCAUGUCCGGCGACUCUGAGGACGAGGAGGGGGACGACGACGACGACGACGACGAAGACGAGAAAGAGGAGGAGGAGGCGGAGGGAGAAGCAGGGGGGAGAGGGGAAGGGGAGGCCGCAGAGGGCGAUGCCAGGUCAGGCGGCCUGCAGGGCGAGCUACAGGGUCCGGCGGCAGCACAGCAGGACAGCCCGCGGCACUCAGCGCACGCGCAGCACCCCCAACAGCUACCCCGCCCAGCGCCCGCCUUCCCCGACCAGCCUCGCCCCAUCAGGCUCAACAACAGUGAGCUGAGUCGCCUGGUUGCCGCGGCCGCGUACGGCCUGCCCCUGAGCCAGAUGCAGGAGCUUUUGCAGCGCUGCGCUAAUUACGAGCCCCGUUGCCUUAGGCACGCAGAGCUUGCGCUAGCGUGUGCCGUGGUCAGCCCGCUCCCAGGCUGGCGCGAGACGGCACAGUGGGCACACACGCUGUUGCGGCAAUGGCAUGGGGGCCUGUACGGUGGCGACUGCAGGGCGGCGGGGGGAGGCGGGGCGGCAGAGGCGACCUGUGUGGAGUGUGGUGACUGCCUGUCAGACAUGCAUGUCGAGUUGCGGCCGCUGAGCGGGCCUCAGAUGCGGGAGCGGCUGGAGUGGCUGCGAGAUAGGGGCUGCGCUCCCGAUGUCAUCGACGACGUCAUGCUUCUGCCGCUAGAGGACGCGGCGGUGAUGGAGAUGGUGGUCCGGCCCAACCUGGAGAACAAAACGGCUCGCGAGUGCCCCGAGUUCACGUUCAACUGCAUCAUCAGGACCAUCAUCGAGUGGCAGCUUGCGGAGAAGGGCCACUUGGGCACCUUGCAGGCCAUGCACGCGCUCCUGAUGUCGAAACCGCACACGGCCAGCGUGACCAGGGAGGAGCAGGCCUGGAUUCGCGAAAACAAGUGCGAUCUGGGCCCGGACGCUGCCCGCAAGGGCCACGGCGGGCUGCGGUCGUGGGUGCUGUCGGCGGUCGCUGGGGCUGCACGCACGCGCCAGCUCCACGUCAUGCGAUGGGCGCUGGACACGUUUGGUGCCGAGUUCUCACCGCUACACCUGUGGUGGCUGUGGUGCUGCGGACCCAGCCUGCCGCUGCCGCAGCUGCUGGCUGAGCGGGGGCUGGGGGAUAAGCUGGCGCAGGCGGUCUGCACCGAGUCCGACCUGGUGCUUGCGGUAGGAAGCGGGUGCAAUGUGGCUUGGCUGGAGCAGGCGCGCACGCAGCACGGCGCCCGGCCGGUGGCGAGCACGCUGGCGGCGGUCGCGGCGCGCGGCGAUGCUGAGCCGCUGCUGGAGUGGUGUGUGCAGCACGGCGGCGGCGGCGGCGACGGCCGGCAGCUGCUGCUGCACGAGUCCGCGGCGCGGGCCGCGGUUCAGGCCGGCUGCGUGCAGGCGGUGGAGUGGCUGCUCGCUAGGGACUGUCCCCUGCCGGACCGGUUCUGCUACAACCUGCCGCACGUGGGCGCCAGCGGCGCUCGUGGCGAGGACGACAGCGUCGGCCGGGGUAGCCCUCUGCAGCUGCUGGCAGCCAUAGCCGCCCAUAAGGGCGAUGUGGGAACCCUUGCGGCGCUGCACGCGUGCCGGGGGCCGCGGCCCACCUUUUUCGCCAGCGAUGAGACAACGCUGCGCUUGGCCGUGCACGCCUGCAGCCUGCCGGUGCUGCAGCUCCUGCAGACUGCGGGCGAUGCCGGCGGCGAGGCCGGCUGGGAGCUCAGCGGGUCCGUGUGGCGCGCACUGGGACGGGCUGUGCGGCAGAUGCGGGAGCGGGAGGCGGCGCUGGAUGAUGACGAGGGCAAGGCGGGCUUGUCAGCGGCGUUCUGCGCCUGGGUGGAGGCGGCGUGCGCGCUGAGCGACGAGGCGGUCGAGCUGAGCGAUGAUAGGGCGGCGGCAUGGAGUGCCUUGGGCGGCUGGGCAGCUGCGGGUGGUGACCAGGGUCAAGGGGUCGCCGUGGAAUGGAGGGGCGGCGAGGUGCGGACGGGCGGAAGCAGCGGCACGGCGGGCGAGGCCGAAGGCGCCACGGUUGAAGCAGGCGGCAGCUGUAGCAAGUUAGGAGGGAAUGGCGGCAGUAGCAUCCAGGAGUGCGGACACCAGGUGCAUUGGGACAUGCAGCUGGGCGAGGCUGCGGAACAGCUGGCGGCUGCGGAGGUGGCAGCGUGGCAGCGGCUGCGAGACAAGGUGGCGGAGGUGCGCGUCUGGAAGCCCGACUACCAGCAUCACUGAAAUGCUUAAAUACCAGCAUGGCUGCAUGUGAGAGUGGUCGUAAGUACUUGGGCUCAAGGUCCAGGCUUCAUUGCAGAAGGGACGUUUGUGCAAUACCGUAUGUGUUGCGCCAUUGCCUCGCCUUUUGUGGGCGUCUUACGGCGAGAGCUGCAUCACUUGGAGCAGAACGGAAUUAUGCCGGACCGCUUAAUGCGAGCCGCCACUGGCAUCUGGACCUAAGGAGGGCUCAUGCACAUGGGGAUUACGCAUCCCCUGAGCAGUAGUGGAUGAAGCGUUUAACACACAGCACUUGUAUGAAUUGUAUGGUGCCCAUGGCACCGCACUGACACUUGUUGUGUGUGUGGUUACUUGGCCCAGCCUCCCUAAGCGCAAGCUUCUGCACCUGCGUGUCGGCUUGUCAUGGGUUGCGCCUCGCAUCCGGGAUUCCG